AUUAAAAAAAAUUUUGUUUGGGUUGCGGCCAAUACUUGUCAUGUGACUAUAAUUAUAGCCUCAUGUUUUCUCGAUCUCUCUGAUUAUUAAAGUGCCCGCCGAAGCUAGCUUCUUGAGUAUAAUAUAAAAUAGCUAAUAGAUCUACUGUCACCUCAUUCCCAGUCAUGGCGAUGGGUCCGAUUAAUGUUCAUUUUGGACAGACUUUGUUCCACAUAGCAAUUGCUGUGAUCAUGGUGUCCACAGGAACCAUCAACACACUCGCUGCUAAAUGGGCUGAUUUCAUCUACUCUCCUGGAAACAACCCGAAGGCAGAGCACGUCUUUAUCCACCCCUAUCUACAGGCUGUGCUGAUGUUUAUGGGAGAGAUGGCCUGCCUCUUUGCGUUCAAAAUUUGGUACUACUCUGUAAAGUUUAGCAAGAAGGACAUUAGUACCUUUGGGCCUCAAAAAUUCAGUCCGUUCGUGUGGGCUAUUCCUGCCAUGUGUGAUCUACUAGGGACAUCUACCAUGUACCUAGCUCUGACCUGGACAUACGCUGCAAGCUUCCAAAUGUUACGGGGGAGUGUGAUCAUCUUUACUGGAAUUCUGUCCGUUGCUUUUCUCGGGAACAAGCUCAAGCUUCACCAGUGGUUAGGGAUGUUUGGUGUGAUGAUUGGUCUCGUAAUUGUGGGUGUGGGAGACGUGGUGUUCUUUCAAAACACUGGUGGAUAUGACGCGACUUUCGUGUUGGCUGGUGACCUUCUCAUUGUUUUGGCACAAGGUAUUGCAGCCAUUCAAAUGACAGUGGAGGAGAAGAUUAUCAAGAAGUACAACGUCCCUCCACUCCAAGGUGUGGGCUGGGAAGGUGUGUUUGGUUUCUCCGUUCUGCUUGUGCUACUUGUACCUAUGUACUUCAUUCCUUGGCAUUUACCUGCUACGCAAGACUUGUGGCAAACGACUGUUCGAUUCGAAGACUCCAUUGAUGCUCUCUUGCAAAUUUUUAACUCCCCUCUCCUUCUCGUCUCAACCCUCGGCCUAAUUGUGAGUAUUGCCUUCUUCAACUUUUCUGGCCUGACUGUCACUCAGAAAAUGAGUGCCACGACUAGAAUGGUCUUAGACAGUGUUCGUACGAUCUUCAUUUGGGUUUUUUCCCUCAGUGUUGGAUGGCAGAAGUUUGAGCCCCUUCAACCAGUGGGUUAUGUAAUCCUCUUUGUGGGCACGUGCAUCUAUUAUGACCUCAUCUUUAUGCCAUUCAUUCGCUUCAUGCGGAAAAAGCUUUCGUCUAAUGGAUACGAUCCAGACAUGAACUCCGAGAAAAAGCCACUCCUCCGUCCCACACCCAUCAACAGUGAUUGGUCGGGUGAGGAAAAGGAUUACACAGGAUGAGAGUAUCUCUGGAGUACUAUAAACAUACAAUAAUGUAUGCACUGUGUGCUGUAGAAGCUGCCCCUUUCUUUAAUUUCUUGUUACUCUGAGUUGUUGAAAUGUUUGAUGCCUUCCCCUG